UUAACUCAGUACAUUGCACAAUGUUGACUACAUAUGGACACAUUUCUAAGAAGUGACAUUGUCACAACCGAUUAUGUUAUCAUCAGUCAUCGUCUGACUUCCAGUUGUUUGAGUCGGUGUGCGAGAGGUGUGCGAGAGUUGUGCGAAAACAAAAGGUGCAUCAAAGAUGCUUCGUCAUAUUUGUCGAGUGACAUCGUCAACGAUCCUACGACCAGUCGAGACACGCACGCUACACGCCAUGGCUGACGUUUUGACGCCGCGCGUUCCCUUCUCAAAGGAUUUCCUGUUUCGCCAGUUUUUUGACCCAAUAUCCAGCACGUACACGUAUCUGUUGGCCGAUAUCAACGAUAAAGAAGCAAUUUUAAUUGAUCCUGUUAUCGAAUGGGCUGAACGUGACAAACAAAUCAUUAACGAGCUAGGCUUGACAUUGAAAUAUGCCUUGAACACGCACAUGCACGCGGACCACAUCACCGGCACAGGUCGGCUGAAGACGCUGUUACCGGGCUGCAAGUCGAUGAUAUCGCGCCGCAGCGGCGCCCAGGCCGACAUACUGCUGGAGCAGUUCGACCAGGUCCAAUUCGGCAGGCACCACCUGUCAGUGCUGCCCACCCCAGGUCACACCGAAGGUUGCGUCACGUACGUUUGCGACGAGCAGGCAAUCGCGUUCACGGGUGAUGCACUCUUGAUACGGGGAUGCGGUAGAACUGAUUUUCAGGGUGGCUCCGCCGAGAUCCUGUACAAAUCCGUUCACAAGAUGAUUUUCACGCUGCCACGGCACUACCGCUUGUAUCCGGCGCACGAUUACAACGGCAGAACCGUCACCACCGUGGCCGAGGAGAAAGCUCUUAAUCCCAGAUUGUCCAAGUCGCUGGAAGACUUCGUCCACAUCAUGAACAACCUCAACCUGCCCUAUCCCAAGAUGAUCGAUAAAGCUGUACCGGCAAACAAAGUUUGCGGUUUGUUCGAGGUUGAAGAGAAAAAGGACAAACAAUGAGAGACCAUUGACGGCACUGCAAUCAAUGCGCGUGGCGUAUCAAUAUUGUAACUUUGCUCACGCUAUUCGUGGUGUAAAUAAGGUACAGUAUGUCGGAGCAGUUUAUGUUUAUACUUUUAUGUUUAUACUUAUGUUUAUACACGAUAAGAGUAGCGCAAUUAUUCCCGACUCUAUAUGCAUGUAAUAACCGGCUAGUAUUAUUUUAAUAUCAGAGACAGACACGUAGAGCGCUACGUGCUUUUUGUCAAUAUAUAUAUAUAUAUAUAUAUAUAUAUAUAUAUAUAUAUAUAUAUAUAUACAUAUAUAUUUGCUAAAAUUGUUACGCAUAUACAUUAAAUUAUAAUUAAGCAAAUAAUAUUUGGGAACAAUAUAACUUUUUCAACAUUCGUUGAGCACGGGAUUA